AUAAUAAAACUAUAUUUCACCUUUACUUUAUAUUGUUGCAAUUAUAUUGCCAGUACUAGACUUUAUUACUGUUGCUGUUUAAUCAUCAUAAAAAAUGCGUUUCUACUUUUGUUUUGGAAUUUUACUUUGUUUUAUUUGUUUAAUUAUCAUACCAAAGUUUUCAACCGGAAUGCCAAGCUCAAGUGGAUCAACUUCUAACAAUGAGAGUGAUCCUAGUGUAGUCAAUAACAAUGAGCAAAUGUAUCCCAUAACAAAUUAUUACGUAGAUAAAGUAAAAAAUAGUGUAUUGAAUUUGCCAUAUGUUGAAUUUUUUCGUCGCUGUUUCAAAAUAAUCAAUUUUUGGACAAGAUCAGAUCAACCAGAUAGAACUCCAAACGAAUUGAUUAAUAUUAUGACAGAAGCACUACAAAAAGAAGAAAAUAUUUUAAAAGAGUCCCUUUGUGGAUGUGAUGUAAAAAAUAAUGACACCAUUACAAAAAAAGAUGCACUAAAAGUUUUCACGAAUAAGAAAUGUUUUAAGGGUAAAUUAUUUGGUAAUGAAUUAAACAACGUACUCAAUAUGUAUACCGAUCCUCAAAAUCAAGUUAAAUACAAAGAGCUGUUAAAAAAUAUUGUCACACAUAUUGAAGGAUAUCCUAUUGAAGUUGAUAAUCAAGAAACUAAUGAUUUCAUACAAUUGUCGUUCAAAUAAUUAUGUGUAAGAUAAUUUUUUAAAAAAUACUCGAAGUAGCUUGUACUCAUAGUUUAUAAAAUAUAGUAUAACUUCAUUAAUAUCAUUUGUUUCAUGAUAUAUUUAUUUUUAAAUGUUUAAAUUGUUAUAAAUAAAUUGAUGUUUGAUUUA